AUGAAGAUUUUCAAGGCAUGUCACCCCGUGCAGAGCAUGGCACUGGCACCCUGGAACCCCCUGCCGAGAGACGCCCUCAUUGAGAGCAAGGACGAGCUCCUGUCCGACUCCUACGACCUGAAGGAAGUCGAUGGCGUUGUCUACGAGGCCGACUGUGCCAUGAUCGAGAUUGGCGCUGUCGAAGUUAACACCGGCGCCAACGCUUCCGCCGAGGAGGCCGACGAGGGCAACGAGGACGCUGCCCAGAAGGUCAACAACAUUGUCCACUCCUUCCGCCUGCAGUCCACCCAAUUCGACAAGGCUUCAUAUCUCUCUCACCUCAAGGGGUACAUGAAGAAGGUCACCAAGUACCUGCAGGAGUCGGGCCGCUCGCCCGAGGAGGUCAAAGACUUCCAGACCAAGGCCCAGGCAUACGCCAAGAAGAUCGUGGCCAACUUCAAGGACUACGAAUUCUACACUGGCGAGAACAUGGAUGUUGAUGGAAUGGUUGUCCUUCUAAACUACCGCGAGGAUGGUAUCACCCCCUAUGUCACCGUCUGGAAGCACGGGUUGGAGGAGAUGAAGGUCUAA